AUGCCUGCCGAACAUCAUCGCCACCUACGGCUCCUUUUCCAACGCCUGCAGAACAACAACAUGAAAGUUCAUCCCGCCAAGUGCAUCUUUGGAGCCUCCUCCAUCGACUUCCUCGGUCACAGAGUCUUGUCGAGCAUCAACCAACUCCUACCACAGAAGGUAACUGCCAUAAAAGAGUUUCCCAAAUCUGAGACAGCAAAACACCUCCAAGAAUUCCUGGGUUUAGUCAACUACUACCACCGCUUCAUUGCCCAGGCUGCUAUCAUCCACGCUCCUCUCCAUGAUCUCCUCAAGGGACUCCCCAAGACAUUUCACAAGCUUCUCACAUGGACUCAAGAGGCGUUUGCAGCAUUCAACAUUAUCAAGCAGCACAUCACACACCUUACCCUGCUGGCGCACCCUGCUCCCAACGCCGGGGGACCACUCUUACAACAGACGCUCCCUCUACUGCCAUGGGCGCCGUCUUACAAAAAGAGAUCAACAGAACUCUCAUGCCCAUUGUUUUCUUCUCACAGCGGCUGCAACCACUGA